UACACAUGAAAGUGGAUGAUAGUUGACGACUGCUCCAAAAAAGUCUAAUUUUUGCGAAUAUGGCUGAUUCUUCGCCCACAGUCACAAAGAUUGAGUUUGCAGUCAAGAUGACGUGCGGGAGCUGUGCUGAUAAAGUAAAGUCAGCUCUCGAAGGUGUUGAUGGAAUUAAGUCAUACUCAGUUGAUCUUGGUGAGGAGAGGGUAGUYGUGGAUACUGUUUUGGCAUCAGGAAGAGUUCAAGAACUCAUAGAAACUACAGGGCUAAAGACAAUUCUCAGAGGCCAUGGAUCUGGAGGAGACAGCCAGCCAGAGCAUCUAGGAGCAGCUGUAGCUAUGAUGAGUGGAAGUAAUGGUACCAAGGGACUGACCAGAUUUGUCCAGGUAACAAGAGAAAACUGUGUAAUUGAUGGAACCAUUGAUGGCUUAUCUCCUGGUCUUCACGGCUUUCAUAUUCAUGAGUUUGGRGAUUUGUCCAAUGGGUGCAACAGCACUGGUGACCAUUUUAACCCCUACAAUAGGGACCAUGGUGGCCCUGAUGAUGAAAACAGGCAUAUUGGAGAUUUAGGGAAUGUCAUUGCCAAUUCUGAUGGAAGAGCAACCUUUCGAAUAGAAGAUAGUAAAAUAAAGGUCUGGGACAUCAUUGGUCGUGCUGUCGUGAUUCAUGAAGGUGAAGAUGAUCUGGGAAAAGGUGGCCAUCCACUUUCCAAAAAGACUGGAAAUUCAGGAGCAAGAGUUGGAUGUGGAAUUAUAGCAAGAUCAGCUGGCCUGUUUCAAAAUACUAAGAAAUAUUGUGCUUGUGAYGGACGCAUAUUAUGGGAAGAUGGACCUAUCAAACCAACAGCAUCACAGCUUUGAACACCAUUCAAAUAAUGGAAAACUAAACUAAUAAUGUAUACAUUGUAUACUGGUGAUUUAUACAUGUACUUGGCUUCUGCCAUGACUCUUUGUAUGGUCCUGUCUGAUAAUAUAAAUGCACAGGAAAACCCCAAAGAAAAAUAUUGGGCUGCCUGUGAGGRAGGCCACAGGCAGCUAUCCAAUUAAUGGCUACAAAGUAAUCA